CUUCUCUCUCUGUCUCAUCUCAGCUCCUCCAGAGUCGCGCAGCUCGCAGCGUCGCGCGCGCAGCCACAAGGAUCCAAGGAAGGAAGGAUCCUACACGUCUUCCCCCAACCAACCGACACACCACUCCACUCUACGCGCCGCGACACCCGCGCGUCCGAGUCACAUUCAAACCAACAUUCAUCAUCCUUCCUCCCUCUCACUCAUCUCUCUUCUCCUCUCUCUUCCUCUCUCUCUCUCUUCAUCAUCAUCAUCAUCAUCAUCAUCCUCGACACUACUCAUCUCACUACUCCUCCUCCUCCUCUUCUUCUUCUUCUCUUCUACAGAGCGCCCAACUAGCUCAUUUCUCUCUUCACUCUUUCAUUUCUGUCCUCUUCUGUACACACUCUUUCGACUUGCCUCGUCCUCGUCUCCUCUUAACCCACCACCACCACACCCAUCCACACCCAUGCCUUCCGUCGCGUCACCCAGGCGGCCAAACGACGAGAACUCGAUCCCGACGCACAACCGCGACUCGCUCUUCAGCCAGCCCUCGUACAAGCUCCAGCCAACCCCCUCGCCUCGCCACCGUCAGCCCCUCGCGGCUCUUGACCAAAAGCCCAACCUGUAUCCCGCACCUUACACUCCCGGCCACGCGUCGCGUCGAGUCAGCAUGCCACCGCUGGGCGGCGGCGGCGGCGGCGGAGGCGCCUCUCAACCAGCAGCUGAUGCCACCCCCGUGCGAGGGAUCGCCACCAAAGUCGACCCCGACGCCCGAGAGCUUCCCCUCCCAAAGGGCUUGGUCUUCCCGCCCCCACCACCCCCGCCGACUUCCGGCUAUCAGCCCAUGCCAACGCCUACUCAGUCCCGCACUGCUGCUCGCAGCAACAAUGGCCACAUGCACCACCCUCCGCAGCCACUCAACUCGACCCCUCACCAUCACCACUCGAUGCAGCCCGCAAUGAACCACACCCCCCGGUCCAUGUUCCUGUCACACCCACAGAGCACGCCGGCGCGCUCUACCUCCAUGUCUUACUCGUCGCCUUCCUCCAUGUCACACAUGCCUUCAACCCCCGAUAUUCGCUCCCCGUACCCACCGGGUCACCCGAUCGACCUUCAUGACUUGCUUCCUCCAGCAAAGUGGCAUGGUCAGUUGCCACCUGCGUUCCUCAACCAGGGUGACAUGCCAAGUGGAGGAGAUGCCAAUGACGACACUCCCAACGGCGGCGGCGGCGGCGGCGGCGGUGAGCCGACCCCCAGCAGCACAUCUACGCGUCGCGCUCUGGUGUCGUGCAACCCAUGGGAUUACAAGGUCGAGGACCAUGGCAAGAACAAGCCUCGUCGCCGUUUCUCGCCUGGAGAACUAGACAUGCUCGAAAUUUUGUGGAGCAUUUCUCACAACCCCCACAAGUGGCAGAGACAGAAGCUUGCGCGCUGGUUCGGAUGCACCACACGCCACCUCACGGUUUGGUUCCAAAAUCGCCGCCAAGAUCUCAAAAAGGCUGAAAGCUUGGCUGUAAUGGCCGAGAGCAACCCGGACACUGCCUCGCGUGCGCUAGCUGCUCUCAGUCGCGCCAACCGCGGCGAGCAGCACAAGUUUAGCCCCGAGCAGUCGCAGGUGAUCAUGGACAUUGUGUCGGACAGACUGCACCCUGACAUGCUGCUGCAACAGCAGGCUUCUGGCUCGUCCCCUACCCCACACUCUCAGCACCUGCAUCACCACCACCACCAUCACCACCACCCCCACCAUCACCACAACAACAAUCGUGGAACGCCAUCCCCGCCAUCGCUCAGCCAGCAUCUCUCCAACCGCUCUCACCUCGCCCCUUACACUCCAGCUCCACCGGCUAUCGCUCCCAAGCCUCUGCACCACGGUCACAUUCCUGGCCCAGCAUUUGCUCUCAAGCCAGUUCGCCGCGGGUACUCGUUGGAUGAUGUCUGCGCCGACCGCGAGAUGAGCAUGAAACACCGCACCCCUCGCCCUCGCGCUCCUCUUGUCGAAGGAUUCGAGCACAUGAACAAGAAUGACCCGCGUUACCGUGACGCACUCGUCAACAUGCUUCCAAGCGAGCUCUCGUCGGACGCGAUUGAGCCCACCGAGGACGACGACGAGUCGGCUUUGGAUGUCGACUCGCCUACGCGCAAGCGCGCGCGUGGCAGCCUCGAGCUUUCCGCGCCUCGCCCAACUCUUCCGCCCAUUGGACUUGGCCGCCCAGUUCACCAGCGUCACCGCUCGCGCUCAAGCUUUGGGCGUGCGUCUAGCUCGGACGUGCUGGCAUGCUCCACGCGCGCUCGUAACCUCCUCAGCAGCAGUUCUCACCGGGCGGUGACGGACCCUGUGCCGUCGCGCAGCGCGUCUGCGGGCCCUACGCUCCCCACGGUCCCCGAGCAUCAGCGCAACCAGGCGCGUCUUCCGCCCCUGGCCUCUGUCACCGACAUGGGACGGAAGCGCAAACUUUCGCGUGGUGGCUCGUGGUCUCACAUGCUCACGGUUAAGCACCAGGACUCGUUUGACCGUGCACGUGCAGAGUCCACGAUUGAGGAGCGCCAGAGCACGUCGUCGCCUGUACCUGAGCAGACGCGCUCGCCCACCCCGACCGAGCGCGAGUCGGUUUCGCCCCGCAGCGAGGAGGCGAGCGUCAAGAGCCACAGUGUCGCGCCUUCGACCACUGUUACCAAGCUCGAACUCAUUGCUCCCCAGGGCCGCAACAUCUAUUCGUUCUCCAAGGAGCUGGAGCCUGAGGCCAAGCGCGGUGCCACCGAGAUGGACGAGAAUGUUAUCGAAGGCGCCCAGGCGCUUAUGGAGCUGUUCCGUGGACGUUGAGCGAAAAACGAGGUCGACAUCUCUGAUCGAAGAAGUACCACAGUUGUCGGAGGCAGAAGACGACGACGACGACGACGACGACGACGAAAGGGACUGGAAGAAGAAGCAGCAACGAAGAAGCAACGAAACAAAUGACUAGUACAGUAGAUGGGUGUCUGGGUUAUAUACUGUUGUGGUCGAUGCAUACCCGAGUUUUAGCUG